AUCCGUGGUGAAGAAAGACAUGUAUUUUCAAAUAGGAGUUUAAAGCAAGAGAAACAGUUAAAAGUGACUCAGUACUGCUAUCAGCUGCAACAAAUAAACAGCACUAAAAAUUAGAAUACUUCAAAUGAUAGUAUAUCUUAUAUGGAAGGGUGAUGGAAUUGAAAAUGCUGUAAACACUGUGAAAGAAGCAGCUGCAUUGCCACUACCACAAUUUUCCGAUUUAAAUAAGUCAAAUUGGUUAACAUAGUGUGCCAGACUAAGGUGGAAUCCAAAUACAUGUCUUAGCCCAAAUCUGGCACAAAAUUUAAUGUGCCAAAAAGUUGAAUGAAAGUUCAUACUGCACUGAAGAGUGAAAGUUUCAGUUUGGACAGUGGUGGCUGUUUGUAAGACAUUUCUCUGUAGUAUUCAGCCCCAUGGAUGCUAGUUUGACAAGAUAUGUGGAAGAAUUUCUGUGGAGACUGAAAAAUGAUGAGGAAUAAUAUUUUUGUGACAGGAGUCAACACAGUUUUUGUCUGAGGUGAUCCAUGUUCCACUGGGAUGUUGUGAAUUUCAUCCACCAUGACCUCAGACAGCAGUGUGUGUUUGGUGCAGGCUGUCUACUCUUUCAAAGGCAAGAACAAUGAUGAGCUUUGCUUCAAGAAAGGGGACAUUAUAACAGUCACCCAGAGAGAGGAAGGAGGAUGGUGGGAAGGAACACUAGGGGAGAAGACUGGCUGGUUUCCUUCCAAUUAUGUGAAGGAGUACACUCCCUUAGGCACAUUAUUCACUGUUACAGAGAGUGGUGCUUCAGGAACUACGAAGAUCUCACCAGUGAAACUCCCUCCUGAUAUUGCAGCGCAGCAGAAAGCAUACAGAAAUCUGGUUUUGAAGGACCUUAUUGAAUCUGAGAAAGCCCAUGUAGCAGAGCUGCAGACUUUGUUGAAAAACUUCCUCAGUCCCCUGGAGAAGUCGGACAUACUCUCCAGGGAUGAAUAUCGCCAGUUAGUCAGCAACAUAGUUACUGUUGUUGAAACACAUCAGCAGCUUCUGGCAGCGUUGGAGGAAUGCAGUCAGCGUCCACCACAGGAGCAACGCGUGGGAAAAAUUUUCCUCACAUCUGCACCUAGACUGAAACAAGUACAUCAUGUUUAUUGCUCCUCUCAUCCGAGGGCUGUGUGCAUCCUUGACAAAUACAGGGACCAGUUAAAUUCAUUCAUGGAGUCUCAUGGUGCAGUAAGUCCCGGUAUUCUUGUCUUGACAACAGGCUUGAGCAAACCAUUUAGACGUCUUGAGAAGUAUUCCGGUAUGUUACAAGAACUGGAACGACAUGUGGAAGAAAGUCAUCCUGACAGAGGGGAUACACAGCGUUCUGUUAGUGUGUACAAAGAUAUAGCAUCCUUCAUAUCUACAACUCGACGUCAGAAGGAGUUGGAACUGGAAGUAUUAACUGGAGGUGUGAGAGGUUGGGAAGGUGAAAAUCUGUCAUGUUUGGGAGAAAUCCUUCAUAUGGGAUCUGUUGCGAUACUGCCUGAUCAUCGGGAUCGCUACUUGGUGUUAUUUCCGUCAACACUUCUGAUGCUUAGUGUUAGUCAGCGAAUGAGUGCCUUCAUAUAUGAGGGAAAACUGCCAUUGACUGGGAUAAAUGUUAAUAAACUUGAUGAUACAGAUACAUAUAAAAAUGCUUUUGAAAUUUCAGGUCCAAUGAUUGAGCGAAUAGUAGCUGUUUGUCAGACAAGAGAUGAUCAGACACAAUGGGUGGAUCAUUUAAAGCAACAGAUUCGGAAAGUUACAAAAUCAUCGGUUUCAUCACCACCUCCAACAUCACCACCUCCCAGCAAGCCACAACCAUUACCACCUCCCCAUAAGAGUGCUCUGACAGGUCCGUUAUCGCCAAGAGUCAGCACACCACAAACAAACGCAAAGCUGGUGUUCCGCCCAGCUAACAGCAAGGGAUGGAGCAUGUCUUGUCUUCGGCCUUCCCCUCCCAUUCGUCCAUGUUUAGGUCUUGGUCGUGAUGACAGCAGCAAGAAGCCUGCUCACAACACCAGAAAACACAGUGAGAAGACUUUUGAGGAGGAUGCAUUAAUACUUCGAGUGAUUGAGGCAUAUUGUAUGAGUGCAAAAACACGUUACACUGUAAAUUCAGCAGCAUUAAUGGAUAAUCCACAACUGCUGAUUGCAGAAGAAGAAAAAAUUAUAAUUGAAGAAACAGAAGGAAACCAGACAAUUGUGGAGGAAAAGAGCUUGGUUGACACUGUUUACGCCCUUAAAGAUCAGGUGAAAGAUCUUCAGGCUGAUAUUGCUAGAAUUUCGGCAAGACUUGAAGAGGAAUCCAAAGCUAGAGCUACCUUUCAAAAAUUAGUAUGUUCCAACUUGCUGUCUGCUGGUUUGAAGUGGGAAGAAAGCUGACUUUUUCUUACUUAAUGGACUUCUUGCAGAGAUAUGCAGUUUGUGUUUAUGUGUGCAAAUUUUUAUGAAUGAAUACCCAGUGAUUUGUAUUUUGUAUUAUCAUUUUCAAUAAACAAGACUAUAAAAAGAGAGA